UGUGUGUGUGUUGAUAUGUUGAAGAUGACGUCACAGAUGUGCUGUAAAUCAGUGGGAACUGAUCUGUCCAUGCUGGAUAUUGAUGAUUUCAUCACAGAAAUCUGUCAGCUGAAGAAAGAGGUGAAGUUACUGGAGGAAAAGCUGAGGACAAGAGGAGAUGAACUCAACACAGAGAAGUCCAGACACACACAGGACUCAGAGCUCAGCCUCACUUUACUCUGUUAUACUGACACAAACCCCACAGACGCUCAGGACACUGUGUGUGACAGUAAUCACACCUUGAAUCAGGAUGAAUCUACUGAUCAAACCUCCACAGAGUCUCUGGAUUCUGUCUGUAACGCUGGAGAACAGCAGAUCCUGAACACCAGACCACUGAACAUGUGUUCUGUCACACUGAUGGACUGCAGGAAACUGAUGGAGAUCAAAACACAAACACCCGCAGAAAAUGAGGAUGAUGAUGAUGAUUUUAUUCCUUCAGAUGAGAGCGGUGAUUCAUGUGGUGAUGGAGAAACGGCCUCUACAUCAAAACAGCGACUGACAGCACAAACUCUUUCCUGCAUCACCUGUGGAAAGACAUUCAGUUCACAGAGACGUUUAGAGACACAUGAGAGAAAACACACAGAACAGAAACUCUUCACCUGCACGAGAUGUGACAUCAGCUUUCCUACCUUACAAGAGAAGAAACUUCAUUCACAAGAGCACAGAGACAAGAAACACUUUCACUGUCAGCAGUGUGGGAAGAAUUAUUGCUCCACUUCUAGUCUGAACGCUCACAUGAGGAAACACACUGGAGAAAAACCUUUCCACUGCAGUGAAUGUGACAAAUAUUUCAGCACAAAAGCUUAUCUUUUUACUCAUAAGAGAAUUCACACAGGAGAAAAACCCCAUACGUGUCCUCACUGUGAGAAAAGGUUCACCGAUGUAUACGGUCUGAAGACCCAUGUGCUUGUGCACAGUGAUGAGAGAAGGUUUCAAUGCAGUGAAUGUGGAAAAAGUUUCAAGCAGCCAAUUGCUCUCACAAUACACCAAAAAAUACAUGCUGGGGAGAAACUCUAUCAGUGUUCACACUGUGAUAAACGGUUUCGUCAGAUAGCUCAUCUGACAUCUCAUGAGAGAAUUCACACUGGAGAGAAGCCUUACCUCUGCUCUCACUGUGGAAAGAGUUUUACUGAUCCAUCUCAUUUCAGAGUUCAUUUGAGAAUUCACACUGGAGAGAAACCUCAUCACUGCAGUGUUUGUGGGAAGAGAUUCACACAACAUACUACCCUACUUAAGCACCAGAGAAUUCAUUCUGGUGAAAGACCCUUCAAAUGUUCUCAGUGUGACAAGACGUUUGCUCGAUCAGAUGUUUUAAAGACCCAUGAGAGAGUUCACACUGGAGAGAAACCUUAUCACUGCUCCAUCUGUGCAGAGAGAUUUGCUUAUUUAGGAAGUUUUCAGACUCAUCAGAAGAAACAUGCUGAAGAACAAACUGCAGGAAAAUAAUCGUAGCGUCUCGCUCUGUUUAAAACAGUCAAAGUUCUCGUUCUGCGGGUGUUGUGGUCAAUAUCAGUUUAAAAGAGAUGGAUCACCCACAAAUCUAUAAUUGUCUCUCGUUUUAGUAUAAAUCUGUAUGUGAGAUAUUUCGAGAAAUGUGUCUCGGUGGUUUUGUGUACAGACAAUAGACGUCAAUGGGGUUUAGUGUUGUAUGAUUAUCAACAUUCUUCAAAUGAUCUUCAUUUUUGUUCUUCAGAAGAUAGAAACUCAUACAGGUUUAGAAAGUGGAUUGGUUUGGGGCCUGAUCAUUAAUCUGCUUUAACUAAGCUCUCAGUUUCACAUGGUUAGUUUUGGUAGUUUAGCCUGUAUCUCCACCACGCUGGAUCAACAAUACAAGCCAUAAUGUUUAAAUGAAAACGUAAGAAUUGUGUGAUUUCAACAUUGUUUUUCAAUACAGUCGAAGCGUUUGUGUCUACUGAAUACACAUGAAUGCUACACGGAUUUAGAUUUAUCCAAAGCCAAUCUUCAAAACAUGCACAUAAGAAUGCUGAUGAUUUAUCUGUAAAGUACUUGAGAAGACAGACUGUGUUUCGACAAAAGUGUCCUUAAAGAUAUUAUAUAGUGGAGUUUUUGUUAUUUAUUUAGUAGUAUAUCCAUAAAUAAUAGGUUCUUAUGGCAGUGCUGCCAAUCUGUAGAUGUGUUGAUAUUCAGGAGUAUACAGCUCAUGUGGUUUGUGUUAUACUCCUGCUAAUUCCAACAUGUAUAUAUGUAAGUGAGAUUCAUAAUGUUGUGUUUGAUUUUUUUAGCUGGUAGAAUGUUUAUAGAAUUUGUAAGGAAUUGGAAUUUUGUAUUUACAAAUAAAGUUAAAUUGUGUCGUUUUUGA